AGGCCCUGCUGUAAUUUAGUAACCUACAAACAUAUGGAACUCAAGUCACGCUUGUCCCACAAACGUCUGUUAAACAUCUGUAAAACAUUUGUUCUCUCUCACAUAAGAUUUCCUCAUUCAACUCUGUGCCGCCACCCUGGGCGUGUAAAACAAAAGUCACCAGCGCUCAGUGCUGCGAGGAGCUUCUUUUGUGCUGUUGCAACAAAACAGUUUCUUUACGGUGGAUUUCAAGUAUUUCUCCAAGUAUUAUGGAUGCUCGAGGAGUUUUCUUGAUGUUUUGCCUUCUCCUGCUGGCACACCGCACGUUCCAGCAGACCUCCUCAACGAAAAGAAAUGGCAAGAAAGACUCUGCAAACAGUGCUGCGAUUGAGGAGCUGAAGAAACAGAUUACUGACAUUGUUCAAGAGCUGAAUGUGCUGAAAGAGCAGCAAGCUUUACACACAGUUUGUCUGCGAGGCACUAAGAUCCUCGGCAAGUGUUUCCUGGCUGACCCAGUGAAGAAGACCUUCCACACCGCCAGUGAUGACUGCAUCGCCAAGGGAGGCAGUCUGAGCACUCCUCUGACAGGAGACGAGAACGACCAGCUCUACAGCUACGUACGUCAGAGCAUCAGCCCCGAGGAGCACAUCUGGCUGGGCAUCAAUGACAUGGUGACCGAAGGCCAGUGGGUGGACCAAUCAGGCUCCACAGUGCGCUUCAAGAACUGGGAGACGGAGAUCACCCUGCAGCCAGACGGAGGGCGCAGCCAGAAUUGUGGCAUCCUCUCCACCACAGCCAACGGGAAGUGGUUUGAUGAGAGCUGCCGAGCUCAAAAGGCUUCUGUGUGUGAGUUCAACAUUGUCUGAGGGCUGCUGUCUGACAUUAACAUCAAUCUGGGCAGAAAAACAUGCAUGUAAACAUCAAAUGCUGCUUGCAGAAAAGAAUGAAUCAUGUAGAGUAUCAGAUAUGCAACGCAUUGAAACAUAAGUACAUCAUCUUUUCUUAAGCUCACCUUUUUUUUAACCAAGCCAUUCAGAUGUGCACUGACUUCACACAGUGGUCUGGGAUACAGUAUGUCAUUGUAUAAGCUACACAUUUUGCAUACAUUCACUAAACUUGUGCUCUCAAAUACUUCAGCAUUUUACAGCAUAUUAGGUAUUCAUCAAGGUAAACACCACUGGAUGGCUUGUCUUUGUUACAUGUAUUUUUAUGUCAUCUGCUAAUCAAUGCAAGAACACGUUUUUACUGAAGAGCAAUGGUCAUGAGUGCGUUCAUGAGACACUUUCCUUAUUCUGAAGUUAUGCUGCUUAUAUUACAUUAUAUAAUUUUAAUCAACACGUGUUCUCGAUUGUAGCCUUCUCAUUGUCUUCUUGCUCACAAAUUCAGUAGAUAUAAUGGGAAUAUUUGUUUAUCAGAAGGAAGACAUGCUUGCUUAA